AUGGUAGGUCUUACUGAGACGAUAUCCAAAGCUUUCAAUGAUGUACGUCCUACAUUGCGUAGCGUAGGAGUGGCUAACAACCACCGGCAUAUUUCAUUGGGCUUGUUGCCUCCAAAUAGAAAGAACCCCCUAGUGAGAAAGUAUCGAAAGAAGGCCCGUCUACAUGAGACAGACCGCGGCAGCUUCUACUCUCUGGACGAGGAUUUUGGGAGUGUCAUGGGGGCGGACCCUUCGAUGCUUGAUGUGACGGCGGAGGAGGAGGGCGUGCUUGACGGAGGAGAGCUGUCGCGGACAGUCUCGCUGCCGUCGACGCUUGCGAGUGAGGCGGGGCCGUCCUCUGCACUGAAUGUAGACUGGAUAUUGGAGGAGCACGAACGGCGGUACUCGACUGUUAACGGCAGCGCCGAGGACAUCGUGGCCGUCGAUGUGGAGGGCGCCGCGCCAGACAUGGUGCACUACACUCACUUCAUGCAUCGGGUUAAGCAGCAACUGCCGUCGGACAAGGCAGAAGUGCGUGUUCUACGGCCCCGAAAGCUGUCUUACUACUCCAUUGGCAGCAAGGGCGGCCCCUCCAGCGCGUUCCGAGGGUCCGAGGAUCUCGACGACGAACCAGCCACCGUGAAGUCCGAGAGUCUGGUGCUUCUGUGUUACUCCGUGCCGCUCAUAUUUACAUUUCUGCUUGAGCAGAUGUUUCCGGUUGUAUGUGCAUUAGUUGUGGGUCACCUGGGAAAGAAUGAGUUGGCAGCGGUUUCCCUGGCUUCCAUGACCACCAAUAUCACUUUCGCAAUAUUCGAGGGUAUUUCAACAAGCUUAGAUACACUCUGCCCCCAGGCAUAUGGCGCAAGGAACUACUAUGGGGUGGGACUGCAUAUGCAGCGAUGCGUGCUUUUCUCGUUGGCAUUCUUCGUGCCUUUUGCUGCAUUGUUCUGGUUCUCCGAGGGCAUCCUCCCGUAUCUCAUCAAAGAAAAGAGUUUGGUCCCCCUAACAUCUCAGUUUCUGCGAGUAAUGAUCGUCGGCGGCCCCGGUUUCAUUCUCUUUGAGAACCUGAAACGGUAUUUACAAGCACAGGGCAUAUUCGAUGCCGGUAUAUAUGUGCUGUUAAUCUGCUGCCCGCUUAACAUUGUAAUGAGCUACCUGCUAGUUUGGAAUCCUGUUAUCGGCCUCGGGUUCAUCGGCGCCCCAAUUGCCGUCGCGCUGAACUUUUGGUGCAUGUUUCUCUUGUUGUUGCUGUACUGCAUAUACUUCAACGGGAGUAAAUGCUGGGGCGGCCUCUCGCGGAAGGCCUUUGAUCAUUGGAAAGACCUGUCGAAACUAGCGGUCCCCGGUAUCAUAAUGUUAGAGGCAGAAGAUAUGUCUUACGAGAUUUUGACCUUAUUCAGCUCAUACCUCGGCACCGAGUACCUGGCCGCACAGUCAGCAGUGUCCACCACAGUGGCGAUGCUCUACAUGAUACCUUUUGCGGUGGGGAUUUCUGUUAGCACCAGGAUAGCACAAUACAUCGGAGCACGCAAUCCAGAUAAUGCUCGGCUAGCAUCGCGUGUCGGGAUAGCAUCGUCCGCUGUUGUUGGGAUCGUAAACUGCACCAUGCUCAUACUAGGCCGUGACUUAAUUCCCCGCAUUUAUUCCUCGGACGCAGAAGUUAUACGAUUAAUGCGCGAGAUUCUGCCGCUGCUUGGACUCGUGGAAAUAUUUGACGCACUCAAUGCAAUCGCGGGUUCAUGCUUGAGGGGACAAGGUAUGCAAUAUGUGGGCAGUGUCGUAAAUCUCGUGGUUUACUACUUAUUUGCGAUCCCACUUGGAAUGUUAUUAAGUUGGACAUUUGACAUGAAGUUGUCCGGCCUCUGGGUUGGAAUAGGCUCCGGUAUGCUGGUAAUAGGCUUAAUUGAAGGAUACUAUGUGCUCUUCGCAGACUGGGAUAUGCUCAUCGACCGUGCUGAGAUGCUAAAGGAAACCGAAGAUGAUUCUGACGAGGAGGUCGAUGAGUUUUCUGCACUGCUGCCAUGA